AGGGAAAAAGUAAAGUGUUGGUUCUAUUGCUCCCCAAAAAGAUUGCAGUAAAAAAACCAUUAAUUUCCGAUUGUACCUUUGCAAAUUGAUUGGGAGGUGUAUUGUGCUCUGUGGCCCUUGCUUUCCCAACAGUGUUGUUGUUAGAUUCGUACCUUCGAUCUUGUUUUCCACGCGUAUCGAUAGUAGGUGCUUGCGCUGGAAUUCCCCAAUCGGUAGCGCGCUGCUAGUCCCCUCUACGUUCUGCAAGAAGUAUACGUGUUUGAAUUAAUUGGCGAUUAGUUGGCUCAAGAUUUGCCCCACUGCCACAGCAAACGCUCGAAAAUGGCUGGUGGAAGUUCGCCCUCGAAGGAGGACAUUGAUGCCAUUUUCCAUCGAUUACGAUCACAGGCAACGAACAAGAGCUGUUUCGACUGUGGAGCGAAAAAUCCUACCUGGUCCUCGGUAACGUACGGUGUGUUCAUCUGCAUCGAUUGUUCCGCGGUGCACCGGAAUCUGGGUGUUCACCUCACGUUUGUACGGUCCACCAAUCUGGACACGAACUGGACCUGGUUGCAAAUCCGCCAGAUGCAGGUUGGAGGCAACGCAAAUGCGGCACAAUUCUUUCGUCAGCAUAAUUGCAACACCACCGAUGCGCAACAAAAGUACAACUCUCGGGCUGCCCAACUGUACAAGGAUAAGUUGCUAAACAAAGCUCAACAGUCGCUACAGCUGUACGGAACAACGCUGCACAUUGACCAAGUACACGACCUGAACACUGCCAGCGAUAAGAAGGAGGUAGACUUUUUUGCAGACUGUGACAACUUCGACGGUGACACCACUGUGCCACAGACGGGUAAGGAUGAGCGUAACAACAAUCCAAGCGCCAGGCCCAAGAUCGAGACGGAGCAGGAGAACAUUCCAAAAUUGGCUUCCCUUAGCGCAACGCUUGAUCCUUCCGCUGGACCACGGGUAGAUUUCCUCACGUCAGAGGUUCCGGUUGAACCGGUCAAGUCAACGAUCGGUGUGCGAAAGAUUCAACCGAAGAAAGGUGGGCUGGGUGCAAAAAAGGGUGGUCUUGGUGCAACACGCGUCAAAACCAACUUUGCCGAAAUAGAGGAACGAGCCAACAUGGCUGACAAGCUGAAGCUUGCACCCGCCCCGGAGAAGGCUAUCUCCGAGGAAGAAAAGGCAGAAACACUGGCCAGUGUUCGGCUCGCCUACCAGGACCUUUCGAUCAAGCAGCACAAGGAGGAGGAAAAGCUGAAAGCGAUCGAUCCCAACAAGGCGAAACAAAUCGAGCGACUUGGGAUGGGAUUUGGCCGAGCGGCUGGCGUUUCACACUCUGCGCUGACCGAUAUGAAAACACUAACACAAGAGGAAACCACACGAAGUGGUGCACCGGUUACGAAAUCGUACGAUCGGGACGAUUCUUCUAGCGGCGUUGGAGGUGGAAGCAACAGUGGCAACGGAGGCAACGACUUUUUCGACGACUAUUCCAUAAUCUACGGGUUUUCGGGUAGCGGCAAGGGUGCCGAUAUGAGUGAAGCAAACCAGAUGGGCUUUGAUACGCUCGAGCCGAUCGACAGCAAGCGUCCGACGGUGAAAACGAUGUUCUCACCGGCAGGAGGAGGCAGCUUAAAGGGGGGAGCUACCAGUAUUAGUGAUCAACCAACAUACAGUCGCGCUGGUGGAAGCAGCAACAGCAGCAGUAACAGCAGCAGCAACCGAAGGAAUGGAAGCAAUCAGUCGCAACCUGUCGACAAUACCGAUGUGGCGCAGAAAAAGUUUGGUUCUGCUAAGGGCAUCUCGUCCGAUCAGUUCUUCGGAGACGAACAGUCAGGUUAUGAUCGAUCCGCAAACUUAUCGAAGUUCCAGGGUUCCACCAGCAUCUCUUCCGCCGACUAUUUCGGUCACGGUUCGUCAUCGAUGGGUUCGGGUGGUAGCGGUGGUAGAUCCGGUGGUUCACGCGGUCCAGCACUACAAUACAACGGUCCAGAUUUGGAGGACGUGAGGGAAAGUGUACGGCAAGGCGUCACAAAGGUUGCCGGUCGUCUCAGUUCGCUGGCGAGCGAUGUGAUGAACUCCAUUCAGGAUAAAUAUGGCUACUGAAGCGUGUAUCAAACGGUACCGCGAUUGCGUCUUAAAGCACGCGCGCACGGAUCACAAUCAACACUAUUUUACAAAGCUAACAAACGCCGCAAAGGACCAGCCGCUGGUUAUAUUUUGAUUAGACGGUAAAGUGAAAGGGCCAAUUGUGCGCUUCUGUUUCUGUUUGUUUAAAGUAAGUUUAGUUAAUGUGUAUGUACUAUAAAAUGUCGCUUAUUGAAAUACAAAACUGCAACUCUGUC